GACAAAAAAAAAAAAAAAAAAACAAAGGAGAAGGAAAAGGGAAGUGAUCAGAAGAUACUGACGAAAAUAUCAUCCUAAUCUGACAAACAUCGCUCAAUCUUCCCUUCGUGUUUCGUUUGUUGGGCAGUGGACACUUUUUCUUCCCAAAAGAUCUGCGCAAAAAGUAGUGACUGCCCUUCUCCCUUCCCUCUCCAUGGCCCUUUCUUCCAUUGGCGGCCUCCCCGGCCUCUGUCAAUCAUAAGCCCGCAUUUCUCUGAACCAUAACGUGCCUUCUCCAGCAGCUCUCCCGUCACUCCCCUUUUCUCCCUCCGAAGACUUCUCCUGUAGCUUUCCACUGAAGUAAAGGUGAGAAGCCUAUGCCCAUCACAUCAGCUGAGCUUACGAUCUGUCUUCCAUUGGGUUUUGCAUUGUUUUGGGUCCCGUUGAGCUGAAUUCUUCUUCAUCUUCGUCGUAUAUGCCGAACUGGGGCCUGCUUUCCAUUUCCAGCAAGUCCAUGAAAUCGGUGACCGUGAGCUUUAGACUCCCGUACCACACUCAGUGGGGUCAGAGCCUGCUUGUGUGCGGUGCCGAGCCCGUGCUUGGCUCUUGGAAUGUCAAGAAGGGCCUCCUGCUGAGCCCUCAUCACCAGGGCAUUGAGCUCAUAUGGACUGGCUCCAUGCCAGUUCAUGCCGGAUUUACGAGCGAGUACAGUUACUAUUUGGUGGACGACCAGAGGAACGUGCUGAGAUGGGAGAUGGGGGAGAAGCGCACACUGUUAGUUCCUGAGGGUGUGAACGAUGGGGAGGUUCUGGAGUUUUAUGAUCUUUGGCAGACUGGUUCAGAUACUCUUCCAUUUAGAAAUGCAUUCAAAGACGUUAUCUUCCGGAGGAGUCGGAGUUUGGACAUAGAGAGACCUUUGGCUGCAGUUAAGCCGAAGUUGGAUGUAGAUGAUUCAGUCCUUGUCCAUUUUAAGAUUUGCUGCCCAAAUAUUGAGGAAGACUCGAUGGUCUAUGUUAUUGGUAGCAGUUCCAAGUUGGGGCAAUGGAAAAUUCAAAAUGCACUUAAACUUAGCUAUGCUGGUGAUUCCGUUUGGCAUGCUGAAUGUAUAAUACCGAGGGGUGACUUUCCACUAAAAUAUCGGUAUUGUAAGUAUGGCAAAUCAGGAAAAAUUGCUCUAGAGACCGGUUCCAAUCGAGAACUUUCUCUCAAUUCCUCAAAAGGUCCAUCCCGAUACAUAUUCCUCUCAGAUGGCAUGAUGCGAGAGAUGCCUUGGCGUGGAGCUGGCAUGGCAAUUCCAAUGUUUUCUGUGAGAUCAGAAGAUGAUCUUGGAGUUGGGGAGUUUCUUGACCUUAAGUUACUUGUCGACUGGGCAGUUGAAUCAGGGUUCCAUUUAGUUCAGCUCUUGCCAAUCAAUGAUACUUCUGUCCAUGGGAUGUGGUGGGAUUCAUAUCCUUACAGUUCGCUUUCAGUGUUUGCUUUGCAUCCGCUUUAUCUGAGAGUACAGGCACUGUCAGAUCAUAUACCAGAUGAUAUCAAGCAAGACAUUCUGAAGGCGAAAGAAGAACUAAACAAGAAGGAUGUUGAUUAUGAAGCAACAAUGGCUACUAAGCUUUCCAUUGCCAAGAGGAUGUUUGCCACAGAGAAGGAUUCAAUUCUCAAUUCCAGUUCCUUCCAGAAAUUCUUUUCUGAGAAUGAGGAAUGGCUGAAACCCUAUGCAGCAUUUUGUUUUCUGAGAGACUUCUUUGAAACAUCAGAUCAUAGCCAAUGGGGUCGGUUUUCUAAUUUUUCAAAAGAGAAGCUUGAGAAGCUUACUGCAAAAGACAGCCUCCAGUACGAGAUAAUUUGCUUCCACUACUAUGUUCAGUUCCAUUUACAUUCACAAUUAUUGGAGGCCGCGGAAUAUGCGAGAAAGAGACGCGUGGUUCUAAAAGGAGAUCUUCCUAUUGGAGUUGACCGGAAUAGUGUGGAUACCUGGGUCUACCCUAACUUGUUCCGCAUGAAUACAUCUACUGGUGCACCUCCUGAUUAUUUCGAUAAGAAUGGGCAGAACUGGGGAUUUCCCACUUAUAACUGGGAAGAAAUGUCGAAAGAUAAUUAUGCUUGGUGGCGUGCUCGGCUAACACAGAUGGCAAAGUAUUUCACUGCAUACAGAAUCGACCAUAUAUUGGGUUUCUUUAGGAUCUGGGAGCUCCCAGAGCAUGCUAUGACUGGCUUAGUUGGUAAAUUUCGACCAUCAAUUCCUCUAAGCAAGGAAGAAUUGGAACGAGAAGGAAUAUGGGAUUUUGACCGUUUGAGCAAGCCAUACGUUCGACAGGAAUUUCUGGAGGAAAGAUUUGGAGAUUCCUGGCCUUUAAUAGCAUCCAAUUUUUUUAAUGCAUGUGGAAAGGAUCGAUAUGAGUUCAAGGAAGAGUGCAACACAGAGAAAAAAAUAGCUGCAAAGGUGAAGACCCUCACGGAGAAGUCCUUAUUGGGGAAUGAUGAUAAGAGUCGAAGAGAUCUUUUUGAUCUUAUAAAGAAUAUAGUUCUCAUCAAGGACCCCGAAGAUCCAACAAAAUUUUACCCUCGUUUCAACCUUGAAGAUACAUCAAGUUUUAAUGACUUAGACGAUCACAGCAAGAAUGUUUUGAGAAGACUCUAUUAUGAUUACUAUUUCCACCGGCAAGAAGAUCUGUGGCUGCGAAAUGCCCUGAAGACACUGCCAGUCCUUCUGAACUCCUCAGAUAUGAUGGCUUGUGGGGAAGAUUUGGGCCUGAUCCCAUCUUGUGUACAUCCGGUUAUGCAAGAGCUGGGAUUGGUCGGUCUAAGAAUCCAACGUAUGCCAAGUGAACCAGACUUAGAAUUUGGCAUUCCUUCUCAAUACAGUUACAUGACGGUUUGUGCUCCAUCCUGCCAUGACUGCUCUACAUUGCGUGCUUGGUGGGAAGAAGACGAAGAAAGAAGACGUCGCUAUUUCAAGGCUGUUGUUGGGACUGACAAGUUGCCCCCAAGUAGAUGUGCACCCGAAGUUGUCCAUUUUAUCCUUAGGCAACAUGUUGAAGCGCCGUCAAUGUGGGCGAUCUUCCCUCUCCAGGAUCUACUGGCAUUGAAAGAAGAGUACACAAGUCGCCCUGCGACGGAGGAGACGAUUAACGACCCCACAAACCCGAAACACUACUGGAGAUACCGUGUCCACAUGACGCUGGAGUCUUUGAUGAAGGAUAAGGGACUCAAGACCACGAUUAAGGAUCUCGUGAGCGGGAGCGGGAGAUCGUAUCCCCGACUUGAGGAAGCUGAUGUCCCAGAAAUCCAAGCCGAAAACAGUGAUGCGGAAAAGAAGCAGGUGAUCAAUGGUGUCCCAAAGGAGAGGGUGGCAGUUUCGGUCUGAAGGUCAUGCAGCUGAGCGUCCCUCUUGCGCUCGUAUAUAUUGUUCAUCGUGAAUGGCUUCUUCUAAGCUCGCUCGUGAGGUUCCCGCUUAUACCUAUGCCUUCUGUAGAUCAUUUUAUUCUGUCAGCAAUUAGUAAAGGUAUGUCAUUGCGCGAGGUAAUUCCAGUGUUAAGAGAAGUUGAUUACGUACGCGAGGUAGUUAUGUUAGCCCGAUAAAGAAUAAAGAGAUAGCUUAUCGCACUCUUGUAACCUUAAUAAAAUCAAAAUCUUUCCGCGGCCAGAUCGUGCACGGCUAUUAAUUUGUA